AGCUAUCUAUCCACUCGCGCACAGUACAGCGCUGCCGCUAGGCGCUAGCAGCUGCGGCUGCGGAUUACGCAUCCCGGUCAAAAAUGGCCACUCCCUCCCCGCCACGCCUCCUCUCACCCAUGCCUAUCCUCUUCCUCGCCGCCGGUCCGCUCGCCGCCGUCCACUUCUCUGCCCGCUGCCGUCUCCGCCUCCGCCUCCGCAUCCCCCACGUCGCCACCGCCGCCGGCGCUGCCACCACUCCAGGAAACAGCUUUGCCGUCGAGGAUUACCUCAUCGCCAACUGCCACCUCACCCAGCCGCAGGCCGUCAAGGCCUCCAAGAACCUCGCCCACCUCAAGUCCGCCUCCAACCCCGACGCCGUCCUCGCAUUCCUCGACGGCCUCGGCUUCUCCCCCAAGGAGGUCGCCGCCGCCGUCGCCUCCAACCCGCGCAUCCUCUGCGCCCGCAUCGAGCGCUCCCUCGCGCCCAUCUCCGCGGAGCUCCGCGCCCUCGGCCUCUCCACCUCCCAGGUCGCCCGCCUCGCCAAGAUCGCCGGCCGCUACUUCCUCUGCCGCAGCUUCGUCUCCAAGGUGCAGUUCUGGCUCCCCCUAUUCGGCUCCCCGGAGAGGCUGCUCCAGGCCAGCGACUGGAACUACUGGCUCCUCACCUCCGACCUCGAGAAGGUGGUCGAGCCCAACGUCGCGUUCCUCAGGCAAUGCGGGCUAAGUGCUUGCGAUAUUUCCAAGCUGCUCGUGGCCGCGCCGCGCCUGGUCACCAUGCACCCCGAGUACGUCCAGGACUCCGUGCGGCGAGCCAUUGAGCUCGGCGUGCCACCGGGCUCCCAGAUGUUCCGGCACGCGAUCUCCACCGCCGGCUGCAUCGGACAGGAGAAGGUCGACGCCAAGAUCGCCGUCCUCAGGCAGACGCUCGGAUGGUCGAAGGAGGAGGUGAGCCUGGCCAUCAGCAAGGCGCCGCGGAUCCUGGUCGCCUCCGAGGAGAGGCUGCGGCGCAACGCCGAAUUCCUGAUCAAGGAGGUCGGGCUGGAGCCGCAGUACAUCGCGCGCCGGUCGGUGCUGCUCAUGUACAGCCUCGAGAGGAGGCUCAUGCCCCGGCAUCUCGUGGUGAAGCUCCUCAAGCAGAGGCGGCUGAUCGAGGAAGACCGGUGCUUCUUCAACGUGGUGGCGCCGACGGAGGAGAAGUUCUUGGAGAAGUUCGUCGCCCCCUUCGAGGACUGCAUCCCGGGCCUCGGCGAUGCUUACGACGCUGCUUGUUCCGGGAUGGUGCCGGUGAAAGCUGAGUGAACACUAAAGAGAAUUCUGGAGGUGUGCGUAGGUGUGUAUAACCUCAUUCUACUGAUGAACAAUACCAGAUUCAUGGCCAUUUAGUGUAGGUUGAUUACAGUCGACAGCAACGAGGUGGAUGUUCAUAAUUUUGGAACUUGGAAGCGUGCAUUACUGACUGAACAAUCGGUUUUUGUGUAGAACUCUGAGCAAACAUGUCUAUUUGGUUA